AUGGCACCAUCAUCGCAAGUCACCAGGAAGCCCCAAAUCGCCACUCACUAUCAUCGCACCAUCAUCGUCACUCCAUUCUUCCCGAUAUCGUCGCUGCCUCCUUCUUCCCGGCAUUGUGCUUCGCUGCUGCUGGUGCUUCGCUGCUGCUGGUGCUUCGUUGCUGCUGCUGCUGCUUCGUUGCUGCUGCUGCUUCGCUGCAUUGGCCGUGGUUUGUCAUAUGUGUUUGUCUCUUUAAAACCAGAAAAAGAGAAUCAAAUAGCGGAUCUCUCUGUAGCUGCGACUACCUUAGACAUUGAGCUACACUACAGUUGGGGGCGAAGGGAUGAAGUUUAUGAUCAUUUAAUAAGUAAGGGAUUUCAAAAAGGUUACACUGUGUGGGUUCAUCACGGCGAAAGGAUAAGUCACAUGGAAAGUGAAUCCGAUGAGAGUGAAAUCCAUGAAGGAUUUGUCGACGACAUUGAUGGGCUGCUAAACGAGACGUUUCGGCAUGUGCUGGAAGGAGAUAAAGAUGCUGAUGGGCCAAACGAAGAUGCAAAAAAGUUUUAUAACUUGCUUGAAGAAGGAAAACAAGAGUUAUAUCCUGGCUGUAAAAAAUUUUCGACAUUAUCAUUCGUUAUCCGUUUGUAUUUGUUGAAGACUCUUAAUGGUUGGAGCAACGCAUCCUUUACUGCUCUACUUGAAUUACUGAAAGAUGCGAUUCCUCAUUUGAAUAUUCCUGAUUCUUUCAAUAAAAUCAAGGUCAUGGUAAAAGAUUUAGGACUUGGUUAUAAUAAAAUUCAUGCUUGUCCGAACGAUUGUGUUCUGUUCCGGGAUACAUAUGAAGAUGAUGAAUUUUGUCCAAUUUGUGGAGCUUCCAGGUACAUAGAAAAUGUUGAGGUAGAUAUAGAAGUUGAUAAGUUGAAGAAAAAACCUGUGCCUGCCAAGGUUUUGAGGCAUUUUCCCUUGAUUCCAAGGCUUAAGAAGCUGUUCCUGUGUUCCAAAACAGCUGAAUCAUUAAGGUGGCACAAUGAACAUCAUUCAAAGGAUGGAAAGUUAAGACACCCAGCUGAUGGCCAAUCAUGGAAAGACUUUGACAGGCUUCAUCCCGAUUUUGCUAAGGAAUCUCGUAACAUAAGAUUAGGGCUAGCUAGCGAUGGAUUUAAUCCAUUUAGAACCAUGAGCAUCUCCCAUAGUACAUGGCCGGUAGUUUUGGUCGCAUACAAUCUUCCUCCAUGGUGUUGCAUGAAACCAGAAUAUGUCAUGAUGUCCUUGCUCAUCCCUGGUCCGUGUUCGCCUGGAAAAAGCAUUGAUGUGUAUCUUCAGCCAUUAAUUGAAGAGUUGAAGGUUUUAUGGGAAGUUGGAAUGGAAACAUAUGAUGCUUCAAAGAAUCAAACUUUUCAACUACAUGCAGCACUUUUAUGGACCAUAAGUGACUUUCCAGCUUAUGCUAUGUUAUCCGGUUGGAGCACAAAGGGAAAGUUAGCAUGUCCUUGCUGUAAUUAUGACACCUCCUCUUGUUAUUUAAAACAUAGCCGGAAGAUGUGCUACAUGGAUCACCGUAAAUUUUUGGCUAUGGAUCAUCCAUAUAGGAUGGACAAAAGAUCUUUCAAUGGCGAUGUUGAAUUGAGGUCAACACCAGCUUUAUUAGAUGGGUAA